AACAAAAGGAACACGAACAAGGAAUAAUCACAAGACAAGCUCUCUUCACGAAAGGUCCAACAACAUUUCCGACAGAACACGAGAGACAGGGCCACGAGCAAACGACAAGGCAAUUUAUUUCAAUGACAGAAGCUCUCCCCACCAAAAACACAACAGAGUAUGAUCGGCAGGAACACAUGACAGCAAGGCAAGUUAUAGUUCCCCAGUUUCCGACACCGACGAUUCUUCCAUCGAAUAAGGAACAAGAACGGCAGAAACCUGACCCACUUCUGACAAAGCCUCCUGAUGUUACGAAGUCCCCUACGAUAUCUCCCACAAAUUCUCCAAGCGAGGGUCCAUCUAAAUCCUCGACACCCUCCACCAGUCCGUCGGGAAAACCCACCAUUUCGUUCUCACCAACUAAGUCUCCCAGUGGAGCUCCCUCUAAAUCACAAACACCAUCGAGCAGUCCGUCGGGAAAACCCACCAUUUCGUUCUCACCAACUAAGUCUCCCAGUGGAGCUCCCUCUAAAUCACAAACACCAUCGAGCAGUCCGUCGGUCGGACCUACCUGCUCAAUUUUUCUUCCAGAAUCGUUUACAACCUAUACUGUAGUUAACCUGCGGCUGGAGCUGACUGGUGGGACGGCCAGCGAAUCUAGUACAACCGGCGACAAUGGCAUAAGCAGUGAUGAUUCUGUCGGAAUCGACUCCAUCAUUGACCAGCUAGCCAAGAUUUUUCAGGACAGCUACAACAAAAUUAUCGAUCUGGAAUUCACCUCUUGCGACGAAGAAUACCGAAGAGUCACAAAUGUUGAAUACAUAUCAUUCGAUGAUAUUUAUAAUGACAAUAUCGAUGGCGAUACCGACGGCACUGAAAAUGCUGAUGUGGAAGACAGAACCAGGUUGAACACCACGAGUACAGAUGUUGUUCCUCGUUGGCCGUUUGUAUUUCGACGAAAUCUUCAACAGCAUCUUUCACCGUCACUUUCUUCUUCCAUACUUCUUCAAAGCACACCUCCAAAUGUGCACUCACAAAAUCAUCCAAAUGCCAUGGCAAACCAUCCUCGGUAUGUUCGAGUUGAUCACCGUCAUCCUAUAUUGCAUGAAAAGACAGAUUCGAUCGAUACAUUGAAUGAUGUGAAUUCGAGCCAGAGAAACCUACAGCAACAAGAAGUAGAAGUAUCUGCCUCCACUAAAACUAUGGACGUCUCACUUUUGUUCGAGGUGACAGUAGCCUGCCGUGGUGCCUUUUGUGAGAAUGAAAAUGCUGAAUUAUUUGCCAGUAGUCUUGGGAUCACAAAAUAUCGCUUUUCACAGCUCUAUGCUUACGAUGUGUCACGCUCGUUACUUUUGACGGUGGGAGAAAUGGAAGCAGCUACGGCGAAUGCCAAUGGUGAUGCUGACGUGGAUGUGAAUGCCAGCGGCAGCGAUGGAAAUGACGGAAGUAACAUCAGUAGUGUUUCGGUAGGAAGUGUGAACGAGAUUGAGGAGCAUUUCUGUCCAAUCGACGAUUCAAUCGUCGAAUUCACAGACGUUGUCCUAAUUGAGUUGAUCGUUACUACAGAAGAUGACACCAUCGAUCUCAAAGUUGCGAGUACUACCACUCUGAGAGACAUGCCCGUCUCACAAUACAGCCCAGAAUGGUUCGAAGACAUUGAGAAAGCCUACGUUUCGACUUACAACCAACUUAUUCGGGGGGAAUUCUGCGAUCCCCUCUUUCGGAGGGCGACCAAUGCCGAGGUGUUGAAUGUUGGUAGUCGUUCUGUUGACGAGAAUGUCGAGGUGUUAACACUGGAAAUUGCGGUCGAGGGAACAUGUAAAGGCUGUGAUUCCGAGACAGUGGAGCUGUAUGAAGAACCUUCGUUGUUGGCUCUCGAUCAGAGAACUACUAGAAUGUUCAACAGGACGAAAUGGAAUCGGAGAAGACGAGCGGUGGAGCUCGAAAUGGAACCGCAACGCAUGCAAGGACAAUGGGAAAUCAUCGCGAAGCCGUACACCGCAGAUACGUUCGAAGAUUUGGGCCGAUAUCUUCAGCAGCGGCAGCAACAAGUUGUUGCAUCGUCACCAUCCUCACCAUUUCUAGUUUCAACCCACAACACGAACUACAUCAGCGAGAAUGUUUGUUUUUGCGAUGCUCAACCGUUUGCAAAUCGGGCUCCAUACGAAGCCGAAUUCAUAGCCGUGUUCCAACAAACGAUAGGAGAGUUGAAUAUCCAACAUGACGCAAACACUAACGCGGAUAGCAGUAAUACCAGCUUCGCAGUGAGCUCUUGUGAAUAUGCAACAACGUUCUAUACUGGUAUUGCUAUAGCACUUGAACCAGAGGGAAGCACGUCGGUAUAUGAAGAUGAGGAAUUGCAAUUGGUACUCGAAGAUACACUUCAGUCCACGCUUAAUGGUUUGCUGGAUGAAGGUUGCAACGACGAAUUUCGCGCUGUUGAAAACGUUCAGCUGGUCCUAACGGGGGAAGAGUCAGAAAAUCCCGAUCGCAAUCGUCCAGAUAACAGUUUCUUUGAUCCAAACAACGCAUUUUACCAACGCACUUGGAUACCCCCCAUCUCCAGAAUAGCAAGGACUAGUAGGAAUGCAGAUUUUUUGGAGGACACAACAAACUUGACUUCAUCAGAAAAUGUGACAUACAAUGAUGACAUUUUUCAUGACGAGGACGAGGAGGAGGAAACGGACUCACCAACUUUUUCUCCUUUUGAUCCAACAAACGAAAAGCGUGAAACAGACUCACCAACGUUUUCCCCUUUUGAUCCAACAGCGACAACAUCGGACGAGGCUGUAGCGAGUGAUGCUACCGUCUUGUUUUUCGUUUCGGGAGUAUGCAGUGGUUGUGACGACAACUUUCUGACAGGGUUGACAAAUGAUGUUGUUCGUAGGUUGAAGGCAACCGUUGGGGAAAAAAUCUCAUCGUCAUCCUCCAAAGCGCACAAAAAAUCAAUCCCUUCCCCAGAACGGUUUCUUCAGGAACGACAGGGACUCCCGAAGUCUGAUUGUUUUUGUCCUAUUGAUGCAAAAGAAAAUAGUGGGCAGAUAGAAGCAACAGUAGUUGCGGAAUCGUAUCAAGAGAGCUUAGAAGAAGAGGAGGUGGCAGUUGAUGUCGAAAUCCUGGGUGAGGUGGAGGUUGUGACAUGCAGUAGUAUGAUAACCGAGUUCCGCACCACUGCCACCUUUGCCAUCGACGGUGAUGUUCCCGAUGCCAGUAUUGGGGAAUUGGCAAGUAGCUUGCAAAGUACAUACAAUGAUCUAAAUGCUCUCAACUGUGAUCCAUUGUCGCGCCAAAUCACUUUUGUAGAUGUCAACAAGGUGACUAAGAACAUUGUCAGAGGUAAAAGACAACCCCAAACCCGACAAAGACAAAAAAGCCUUCACCGACGUCGGCUGCAACAAGCAGAAGUCGAUGACGAAUCAUCAUGCGACCCCACUACAGUUGACACUGUCGAGACAGUUAUAGAGUUCGUCGUGGAAGGAACAUGUCUGGGGUGUGACAGUGGAACAUCUCUUUUUGAUAGCGGUAGAAGGCGUCGUCGCGCUAGACAGUUGGAGCCAGAACAUCUGAGGUCUAUUUUUUCUUCCUACAAACUGUCAGCCUAUCAUGCUCCUAGAAACGGCAUCCGUAAACAUCGCCCGCGACGACGGUUACAGGGUUCAGAAAUAUGUGUGUGUGAAGGUGAUACAGUCGCCGACCGUGCGCCAACUUUUGAUGAAUUCUUUGCUGUUUUUGCGGACGACAUAGUAACUGUACCGGCAGUUUGCGGGAUCUUUGAUGUCGAAGUAGAAAUAAGCGCGUCAAAAGAACUGGAACAACCCGAAACCUUCCAAGAUAUUUUAGAGCUGAGAUCUCCUGCAACCGCUCCUGUACUACCACCUAUUCUAUUGGGAUCGAAGGAAGACAUCACAGUUGUUGAUGAAGUUGAUCGAGACAAUGAGCUAAAGGAUGUCGUGGAUGAGGAGGUGGAUAUCAAUGAUGGGGAAUUGGAUAUUAUUCUCGAAGAGGAUAUUGUUAUAGCCAACGAGACAGAGGCACCUACGAAUCCACCAACUAGCCUACAAAUCAAUGCUACUGCACCACCGACGAAUCCACCGACGAAUCCACCGAUCGAUGCUCCACCAGCACCAGCACCCACGAACCCUCCAACUACUCCACCAACUAAUGCUACGACAUCAUCAUCAAUUGCUCCAUCAAUCGCUCCAUCAAUCGCUCUAUCUACCGCUCCGAGCCUAGCUCCGACGGGAGUCCCAACGAGAGUCCCAACGAGAGUCCCAACGAGAGUCCCAACGAGAGUCCCAACGAGAGUCCCAACAACAGCUCCAACAACAGCUCCAACAACAGCUCCAACAACAGCUCCAACAAUAUCUCCAACAAUAUCUCCAACAAUAUCUCCAACAAUAUCUCCAACAAUAUCUCCAACAAUAUCUCCAACAAUAUCUCCAACAACAUCUCCAACAACAUCUCCAACAACAUCUCCAACGUUAACGCCGACGAUAACGCCGACGCUUCCAGGCACAGGUAGUCCUACACAGGGACGACCAACACCUUCUCCUAACUCAGUUACCAACAGUCCAACUGUGACAUCUUCUGCUGAAUCUACCACUGAGUCAACCACUCAGUCCCCCACUCAGGUCUCCAGUGACCUUACUACCGAAUCUCCGACCCCAAGACCAACGCGAGUAAGUAAAGAUGAAAACGUUAUAAGUCAGAGGAAUGACAAAAACAGAAAUUCAAUAGAUAAGACCGAAUGCAUGGAUUUUCCAGACAAAAAGCAAAUGAAUCCCAUAGCUCACAAAACUCUGUUUAUUCUAUUUUGUAUCCCGGCAGCAACCAAGCAAUCCACCAACUAGACCACCAACUAGACCACCAACUAGAUCACCAACUAGAUCACCAAGUGCAUCACCAAGUGUAUCACCAACUGCUGAUCCGACUGCCGAAUCAAGCUUAAUUCCUACC